AUGCCCGCGCCCUCGGCGCUCGAGGACGGAGGCCUCGCGUACCGCAACGUCCACGCCGCCGAGGCCAAGGCGCGGACGAAGGUCGUCUUCGUCGAGUCCUACGUGCCGCGCGUUUCGCAGCAUCUCGAGGAGGUCGACGACGACAACUGCAGCUGCGGCCGCUGCACGUUCAUGGGCGCCCAGGUGGCCCUGGGCCUGGGCUGCGCGCCGCCGCGGCUGGCGCCGAGCCAGGGCGGCCUCGCGGGCCUCGCGCUCUUCGACCCGCGCGACGGCGGCCACACGGGCCUCGCGGGCCUCGCGUCGCGGCGGCCGUUCACGGUGCUCGUGCUGCUGCGGCGCUACGGCUGCGGCGUCUGCCGGGACGCGGCGCGGGUCUACAGCGGCGCCUUCCGGCGGCGCGUCGAGGACCUCGGCGGCCAGGUCGUCGGCGUCGGCCACGGCUUCCGCGGCCUGUCCAACUUCCUCGCGGGCAAGUACUGGCGCGGCGAGCUGCUCAUCGACUGCUUCCCCCGCGCGCCGCCGCCGCCCAAGGCGCCGGAGUCCACGCCGCCGAGGAGCGGCGCCUGGUCCAUCGCCGAGUCGGCGGACCUCUUCCACGGCGGCGGCCGGCCCCAGGCGGGCGGCUACACGUCGCGAGCUGUGUGGAAAUCAACCGCUGGUUUCGGACGUCCCGACCACACUUUGAAAUUCUUGAGCUCGGUCAAAUCGACGUCGAUUCGGCUGAUUUUUGGACGGAUCGAUUGCUCGCAUCGGGUUCUCGAAGUCCAGCCGAAGAGCUUGCGUCAAAACAUUCGAAUACGCGCACAUUGA